AUGCGAGGUCCCCGGGGUCCCGCGGGCGGAGGGCGGGCGCGGUUGACCUGCACGUGCCCCAGGCGCAGAGUCCAGCUCGUCCUCCUGCGGGAGCGGCUUCGUGGACGGCGACGGCGGUCAGGCGGCCUUGGCCUGGCCGGGCUGCAGCUCGGCCCACGGCGCGGAGCCCGGGUCUGGAGGAGGCCGGGAGCCGCGGAGCCGAGGCGCUGCGAGGAUGCUGCGGCCGCCGGGCUGCCCGGGGCUCCGUGCGGCGAGGCCGGCGUCCCCGCACCGCGGGCCGGGAGACCCUGGGCUCGGACCCCCGCCGAGGUGCCGAGGAGGAGAAGCCUGGGGACACCGGCCAGAACUGCUCUGCAUUACGCGUGUGCCUAUGGCCACAGGGAAGUGGUCCAUGUGUUACUCGACUACGAAUGCACCAUCAGUGUCUUCGAUAACGAGCAGUGCACUCCACUUAUUAAGGCCAGCCAGCGGGAGUUUCAUUUGUGUGUCGAUACCCUGCUGACACAUGGAGCUGAUCCGAACGACGCAGACAUGUACGGGAACACCGCGCUGCAUUACGCAGCUCUGAAUGAUGACUUAGAACUGGCAGAUCUACUGCUUGCCUACGAUGCAAAUAUCGAGGCAAAAACAAAGGAAGGCUUCACGCCAUACCUCCUUGCUCUACAGGAAAACAAAGAUUUUAUAGCAGAAUUUUUGGAACACAUGGGCGCAGAUAUACAUGCGGAGGAGCUGCUGGAUAGGAAACACCGUAAAAUGCACCGCAGGAGGAUGUGUAAGCAUACAGUGCGACGUCGAGAAGCAGCUCGCAGUACUUCUCCGAGCUUCUAUCGCAGGGCGACCAACAGAGGUGCUCGUGAUUCCGAAACUGAAAGAGACGAGCAAGACAAUGACUUCAAUGCCCAGGUUGAACGAGUGAGGAAGAAAUGCUUACUUAAGGAACUGACAGGCUCAGAGAAGUUACAUCGUAGAGCCGCAGCUACUGUUUCUGCUGCUGCCGAACCUGCUGCCCCUGGUUCUGGUAGCGCAGCUCCUGCCUCCUCUGCCGCUGCUGCUGAUGGCACUGAUCCUCCUGUUCCUGCUACUCCUGCCCCUCCUGCUUCUCCUGCCCCAACUUCUACUCCUGCCACUACUAUCCCUGAUGUUGACCCAUUCGAUUCUCCUGCUCCUUCUGCUUGUGAUACUCUGGAUGGUUCUGAUGCUCCGGAUGCACCUCAUAUUCCUGAUGGUACCGAUACUCUGCAUGGUCCCGAUUCUCCAGAUGGUCCUGAUUCUCUGGAUGUUCCCAAUCCUCUGCAUGAUCCUGAUACUCCCACUGACCUUUCUGCUCCUGCUGAUCAUGCUCCCCUUUCUUCUCCUAUAUAUCUGCACCUGCUCUUCCUCCUCGUCUUGCUUGUCUUCUUCCACCUGCCCCUGCCAUUCCUCAUGCCCCUGUUGUUCCUGCUGCUCCUAGUGAUGCUUUGUCCUUACCGUCCUCAUGCUCCCCUUGCCUCAUCUGCACCGGACACUGCUGAUGGUCCGGACACUUAUGAUGGUCCAGAUACUCCUGAUGGUGCAGACACUCCUGAUGAUCCAAACACUACUGAUGGUCCGAAUAUCACUGAGGGUAAUGAUAGUCCCAAUGGUCCAGACAAUUCUGAUCGUCCAGCUAAUGCUGAUGGUCCAGACACUCCAGAUGGUCCGUACAUUCCUGAUGGCUUGGACACUUCUGAUGGUCCAGUAUUUCCCGAUGGUUCAAAAUAUCCUGAUGUUCCAGACACAGCUAAUGGUCCAUAUACUUCUGAUGCUCCAGAUAGUACCAAUGUUUCAGAAUAUCCUGAUGGUCUGGUCACUCAUCAUGGUCCAGUAACUUCCAAUGCUUCAGAUAACCCUGAUCUUCCGGUCACUCCUGAUGGUCUGGACGCUUGUGAUUGUCCAGAUACUAUUAAUGAUUCAGACAAUACUCAUGGUCUGGUCACUCCUGCUGGUCCAGACACUCCUGAUGAUCUACACACUCCUGGUGGACCGGAUAGUCCUGAUAGUUCAGAUGAUCCCGAUGGUCCUAACACCUGUGAUGUUCCAGUUACUCAUGAUGGUCCGGAUAACCAUGAUGAUCCGGACACUUUGGAUGGUCCAGAUAAUACCGUUGUAUUAGAUAAUCCUGUUGGUCCAGACACUCCUGAUGUUUCGGACACUUCUGAUGGUCUGGAUAAGCCUGAUGGUCCAGAUAAUCCCGAUGGUCCAGACACUCACGAUGGUCCAGACACUCCUCACAGUAUGGACACUUGUGAUGAUCCUGAUACUUCUGCUGUUCCCAAUACUUCUGAGGCUCCCACUACUUCUGUUGGUUUUGAAAUUUCUAAUGGUUCCAGUACAUCUGAGAAUCCCCGUGUUUCUGAUGGUCCCGAUGCUCAGGAUGGUCCUGAUUCACCUGCACCUCCUGCUGCCCUUCUUGAUCCUGCUAUUACUGUGGAUGCUGAUGUGCCUGCCCCUCGUUCUGUUCCUGCCGAUGGUCCCGCAUCUCCUAAGGCUGCUGACUAUGAUGAUGAAAAACAUGCUCUAAAAGCUGUGAAAGACGUUCCAACUAAGGAGAAAAAUGAUAAAAAUGAAAGUGCUUGUCCUUUGGAGAAAGGAAACAAACAUGAAAUUACAAAAAGUCCAUUGAAAGAAUUGGUGAGAAUACCAACACCUAAGACAUCUACUGCAGAAAUGGACACACCGAAGGGAGUGAGCGGUCAUCUCGAGUCAGAUUCCACCAUCAGAAUGGAACGUAAUAAUCAAGCAUUUUCAUACAAAUGCCUAAUAAAUGAAAGGAUAAAAGAAACAGUAGAAAACAUUGACUUUCAUGAAUCUCUUAAAGGAAUGGAGCCCCCCUGCCCUCUGGCAGAAGAAAAGAAAAGUGAAAAUAGCAAAUUCACUACAAGCGAAUCCAUGUCUGCAUCAACCAGCGCGGGGUCUCCUUUUGAAAUGGGGACUGUGCCCGAACCGCAAGUUGACGGUAGUCACGUGUCCGGUGAUCUACACCGAACUGGGAGAAGAAAUGAAAGAGCCUAUCCUUUGGAGAAAGGAAAUAAAAGUGCAAUUACAAAAAGUCAAUUGAGAGAACUGGUGAGAAUACCAACACGUGAGACAUCCAAUUCAGAAAUGGACUCUCCUUACGGUCCUGACACUUCUGGUGUCCCAGAUACUCUUGAUGGUCCGGACACCCACAAUGGUCGGGACACUUGUGAUGGUCCAGAUACUACCACUGUUUCAGAUCAUCCUGAUGGUCCGGACACCCCUGAUGGUACAGACACUUCUGAUGGUCCACAUAAUCCUGAUGGUCCAGACAUUCCUGAGGGUCCGGACACUCCUGAUGGUGCGGAUAUUCCUGUUGGUUCAGAUAAUCCUCAUGAUCCGGACACUCCUGAUGGUCCAGACAUUCCUUUCAGUCUGGGCACUUCUGAUGAUACUGACACCUCUGAUGUUCCUGAUACCUCUGAGGGUCCCAUUACUCCUGUUGGUCCCAUAAAUUCUGAUGGUUGCAGUACUUCUGAGAGUUCCCGUGUUUCUCAUGGUCCCAAUGCUCAGGAUGGUCCAGAAUCUCCUGCUCCUCUUGCUGCCCUUCUGGAUCCUGCUAUUUCUGAGGAAGCUGAGGUUCCUGCCCCUCUUUCUGUUCCUGCCGAUGGUCCGGCAUCUCCUAAUGCUGCUGACUAUGAUGAUGAAGAACAUGCUCUACAAGUUGUAAAAGUCGUUCCCACUAAGGAGAAAAAUGAUAAAAAUGAAAGUGCCUGUCCUUUAGAGAAAGUAAACCAAGAUGAUAUUACAAAAAGUCCAUUGAACGAAUUGGUGAGAACAUCAACACCUAAGACAUCUACUGCAGAAAUGGACACAUUGAUGGAAGUGAACGUUCAUCGCGUGUCAGGUGAAGUCCAGCACACAGGGAGCAGGCUUAAUGAUGGAGCUAGGGAAUCAAGCCAAGACGGCACGCUUUGUGAACAAGAGUCCACUGUCAGAUUGGAACGUAAUGAUCAAGCAUUUUCAUACAAAUGCCAGAGAAAUGAAAGAGCCUAUCCUUUGGAGAAAGGAAAUAAAAGUGCAAUUACAAAAAGUCAAUUGAGAGAAUUGGUGAGAAUACCAACACGUGAGACAUCCACUUCAGAAAUGGACUCUCCUUACACUCCUGACUCUUCUGGUGUCCCAGAUACUCUUGAUGGUCCGGACACCCACGAUGGUCUGGACACAUGUGAUGGUCCAGAUACUACCACUGUUUCAGAUCAUCCUGAUGGUCCGGACACCCCUGAUGGUACAGACACUUCUGAUGGUCCACAUAAUCCUGAUGGUCCAGAUACUCCUGAUGGACCAGACACUCCUGAUGGUGCGGAUAUUCCUGUUGGUUCAGAUAAUCCUCAUGAUCCAGACACUCCCGAUGGUCCAGACAUUCCUUUCAGUCUGGGCACUUCUGAUGAUACUGACACCUCUGAUUACUUCUGA